AUGGAUCUUGAGACUAGAACCAUGGACAUCCUCAGAUCUGGACCCUACGGCCAAACCUUUCACCAAUCCGGCGCCGGUAACAACUGGACCAAUGGGCAUUAUACUGAGGGAGCUGAGCUAAUCGCUUCUGUAUUCGAUGUUGUUCGUACGGAAGCUGAGAACCGUGAUUAUCUUCAAGGGUUUCAGGUCUGUCAUUCAUUGGGAAGAGGAACCGGAUCUGGUAUGGGGAUUUUGUUGAUUUCAAAGAUUAGGGAGGAGUAUCCAGAUCGGAUAAUGCUUACGUUCUUGGUGUUUCUUUCUCUUAAGGUUUCUGAUACGGUUGUUAAGCCUUAUAAUGCUACUUUGUCAGUUCAUUAG